CUCUCCAGUUACAGUAUGGCGGCCGGGACUCGCGGAGGAGGACAACUUCUUCUAGAUCCCUUCCAGAAAACUGCGGGACGGCGGCGGCUCUAACUCACACCCGCCCCGGCGAACCGGACCCGGACUGAGAGACACGACGACCGCGCAACUUGUGUCUUAUCCUCCCCCUGUCUUUCCCCUGGGAGACACUCGGGGCUGGUGUGAUGCGUGAAGACCCGCAGUCUACAAACUCUCCCGAUUUUUUUUUUUUUUUUUCCGCCGUUGACUGUCAGUUAGCCGGCUAGCUGCUACUAACCGCUAGCUCAUGCUAACGUUCGCUUGCGGGGAUCCGUAGCAGCCAAAAGACGGGGCUAGCUCGCUGCUUUUAUUUGCCCCCCCCACCUCCACCUCCUCCUCCUCCUCCUUCCUCCUCUCACUCCUCCCUCCCUCCCCGAGGAGACAGGGAUGGCAUUCCGCCUCCACUCGGAGAGUCUUGUUGAAUCGAAGUGGGGAAGCGGUGCAGCCUGGGCUGUGUACAGUGGACAAUGUUUAUAAGUUUGUGCCUAGAAGCUUAGAGGACUUACAGUUUGGCCUACCUAUUAGGCUACACACAGAUAUUGUAGUUUAUUCAUUAGGGAGUGAAACAGAAGCCUGCCACUCUGGAUCAAGAAAACCUCUCCCUCGUGUCUGGUUGGAGUAACACUCUUAAGCCAAAAUCAAUGCCUUCAGCGCUGGCCGUGUUCGCCUGCCGACCCAACUCGCACCCAUUCCAGGAGAGGCAUGUAUACCUGGAUGAGCCAGUCAAGAUCGGCAGGUCGGUGGCUCGGUGUCGGCCGGCCCAGAACAAUGCCACCUUCGACUGCAAGGUGCUGUCCAGGAAUCAUGCCUUGGUCUGGUUCGACCACAAGACCGGCAAGUUCUACCUGCAGGACACUAAAAGCAGCAAUGGGACGUUCAUCAACAGCCAGAGGUUGAGCCGCGGCUCGGAGGAGAGUCCGCCCUGCGAGGUUCUCUCCGGCGACAUCAUUCAGUUUGGCGUCGACGUCACUGAGAACACCCGCAAAGUCACUCAUGGCUGCAUCGUGUCAACAAUCAAACUCUUCCUACCUGAUGGGAUGGAGGCACGCCGACGAAGCGAUGUCAUCCAGACUCCGUUACCACUACCUGUAGACAAGGUUGCAGCCAACACUCCCAGUAUGUAUUCUCAGGAACUGUUCCAGCUCUCCCAGUAUCUACAGGAGGCCUUACACAGAGAGCAGAUGUUGGAGCAGAAGCUUGCCACUCUGCAGCGUCUGUUAGCCAACACUCAGGAGGCCUCAGAGAGCAGCUGGCAGGCUCUGAUCGAUGAAGACCGUCUGCUCUCCCGACUGGAGGUGAUGGGCAGUCAGCUACAGGCUUACUCUAAGUCCCAGACGGAGGAAGGGAUGCGUAAGGAGCUUUUGGCUCUUCAGGAGGACAAACACAACUAUGAGACGACAGCGAAGGAGUCUCUGAGGAGAGUGUUGCAGGAGAAGAUCGAGGUGGUCAGGAAGCUGUCAGAGGUGGAGCGCUCGCUCAGUAACACAGAGGAUGAGUGCACACACUUGAAGGAGAUGUCUGAGAGGGGCCAGGAAGAGCUGAGGGAGCUCGCCAACAAGUACAACGCCGCCGUCAACGAGAUCAAAGAGCUCACUGACAAAAUUAAGGCGGCGGAGGGCCGGCAGGAGGAGCUGACCCAGCGGGGAGCAACGGAGAAGAGGGAGUUGGAGCUGCGGAUUGAGGAGAUGGAGGAGAAGGAGCAGGUUCUCCAGGCUCGCAUCGAAGCUCUGCAGGCCGACAACGACUUCACCAACGAGAGGCUCGCCGCUCUGCAGGUGCGGUUAGAACAGCUACAAGAGAAAAGCAUUAAAGAGAACAACAGUCUGGAUGUCGACACUGUCUCCCACGGACCGGUAGAGGAGCCUGUCGAGGACAAACAAAGCCUGCAGACACCUGAGAGCCAGGAAGAAGACGUGGAUGAGGACGAUACAGACACCGAUGAUGGUGCAGUUGGUGAAGAUGAAGAUAUUCAUGACAACUGUCAUGUUAACAACAGCGGAGGAGACUCGACUAGAAUCCAACAGUUGAUUGAGUGUCCGCCGGUCAAACAGCUGAAGGAGACUGUGAGCUCUUCAAUCCACAAACUGACCAACUUUGAUGAAGUGAUGGACGCCCACCUACAGAACAACCAGACGGCAGAAGACGACAUCCUGGCCAGCCCUGAUCGACUCAAAGGUAAUCAGAUGGAUGCCAAAGAGUCAGACAUGUCAGACACUCUGAGUCCCAGCAAAGACCGCAGCAGUGACGAUACGUCAGAUGGCAACAUGGACGACCAGGAGCUGAAUGAACCACAGAACAGAGUAGCUCUGCUCAAAGCUGAGUUGCAUCGGGCCGGUCUAGAGCCUGGAGACACGGAGCAGGUCAUCCACUAUCUCCACAGAGAGCUUCUGGAGGCCCAGGAGUUAGCCAACACUGGCAAGCAGAGAUGUCUGGAGCUACAAGCGCUGCUGGAGGACGAGAGGAGGAACAACUCUCAGCAGACUGAAGAGUCGACCAAACAGAUCCAGUACCUGCAGACUCAACUCGGGAAGCUGCAGGCCGACAUGGAAGCACUGAGGGAACAGAGGGAGAGCACCAUCUGCACCACCAGAGAGGAGCUCUACUCCGCCCAGGAGGAGAUUCUCGUCCUGCGGCACGCCAUGGAGGCAGCCACGGCAGAGCGGGAGCGUGAGAUCGCCGCCCUGCAGUCCGACCUGGGUAGUGUGCGAUCUGAGCUGGAGCACUGGAGGAACACGGCCGCCAAGUACGAGGAGGAGAUCAGUCGGCUGCAGGAGGCCUUCACACAGCAGCAACAGCAGCAGAACACCACCACCCAGCUGCAGGCGGAGUGUGUUACGUUGCAGCAGCGGUGUGUGUGUUUGCAGCAGGACUGUGACGGCCUGAGAGCUGAACGGACAGCUCUUACGGACAAACUGCACCGCCUGGAGACUGAGCUGAGCAGCACCAGGGAGCAGAGUCAGGUCCUCAGCAGCAGUCUGGUGUCUCUGGAGAAGAGGGAGGAGGUCCUACAGGACAAACUGGGUUGUCUGGAGAAUCAGCACCUGCAGGACGCAAGCAGGCUGAAGACUCAGCUGGACCAAGCCCAGGCCCACACACACACACUGCAGAAAGAGUAUGAAGACACACAGUCCCAGCUAUUGGACCUCCGUCAGCGCUAUGAGAGAACAGAGAAGGAGAAGCUGAACAUCCACCAGGAGCUGGAGCAGUGCAGGAGUAGCCUGAAGCUGCUGCAGGACAAGACCAGCUCGAGUGGCUGGAGCCCCUGGAUGCCGGUCAUCGCAGUGAUGGUCGCCGUGACGGCAGCCGUCCUCUACCCCAACCUCUCCAAGAGCAGCUCCACCUAGGACACACAAACACACACACAUACACACACACACGCACACAGAGAGCGCUGUGAGGAGAGCAUCACUGCUUUACUUGUAUAAAGUCUAAUUGUACAUAAUUGUAGAGGGAAUAUAAAGGUUGUGGUUUCUACAGAGGAUUCAGAUUCUUCUUGGUUUAUUUUGUUUUUGUGUGUUUUUUUUUUUUUGUUGUUGUUUUUUUUUUGCAGCCGAGAGUUUUGUUGUCGUUUUUAUUCGCGGCUCUCUCUCAGCUGUGGUGGGGGCUUUUCUUGGUUUUCGUCUCUCUGCUGAUUUCUGGGUAACAAAAGCGUUCUCCAGCAGGGCCGAUCUUCUUCUCGCAAAAAAAACCCCCCUAAAACCUGCCAGAGGUGACGUUCACACCCGUCCCGUCGUACACGAGCGGAACGGGUGUGAACGCAACACUUUCCUGCCGCCUCAGUCCAGUCAGGUAGAACACGAUCCACACUCAUCACUGAAAACUGGCAGGUCUGCACACCGAUUGAUAGAUUUCAUCGGCUACUGGAAUCUGUUAGCAGGCUGUGUUUAUCUGUAGCUCUGUCAGAAGUGGUUGGACGGACUGGGCUGCAGUCAGUCUGUUUCACCUUCAUCACUGAAGAUAGUUCUUCAGUAUCUUUACUGAGGAUGGACCUACAACGUGCUCGCCUUCUCCAUAAUUCAGCUUUAAUUUUACUCUUUCAGAUCUUCAGACCAGCUCUGUGCUUUCACAUGCCCUCGAAAAUGUCUCUUCGGCAUCUUCAGUAAGAGUCUGUGCUGCUUUCUUGAACAAUAUGAUGUACUUUUAGCUAACUUUUGCUAAUAUUUGAUGCCAUUGAAGUCUAAAUCCUUAAAUUUGGCAGUUUUUCCUGUUUUUUAAAAACAUUUAUGGCCGGUGCAGUUUGUUAAUGUGGCAUUUGACUUUGAGGGAAUACUUUUAAAUGCGUAUUUGUUUGGUACUAUGCACCACUAAGGUACAGUAAGAACUAUAAUGAUAGCGGCCCUCAUGUUUUUUUACCAACUCUUGAGACUCUUAUUGUUUAGAAGGGGCCGUCAAGUUUUAUUACCUUUUAAUAUUCCCGUUGAUGUUUUGCCUACAAUGGUGUAUAUUCUUAAACAAAUGUGUAUUUAGUCAGUUUAUCACAAACUAACUGACAUACAGCAGAUUUAUCUUUAAAUCCAAAAUGUUAACCGGUCAAACUAACUUCUACAGCUGCAGCUUCGAUUAUUACCGUAAGAUUUCAGUCUUUCAGCUCAAAGAUUUAUUGUUUGGUCUCAAAGAUACUCAUCACAGUUUCUCAUAAGCCAAGUUAAUUUCUUAAAAUAUCUUGUUUUGUCUCCAUCAGUCCAAAACCUGAAUAAGUCUAAUUUACUAUCAUACAAACAAAGAAAAGCAACAAAUCUUCACAUAGAAGAAGCUGGAACCAGGUAAUGUUUGUCAAUUCGGCUUGAAAAAUGACAAUUGAGCUAAUUAAAAUAUAAAAUCUUUUUAAAUUGACUAAUCAUUGCGGCUCAAAUAUAAACAAACAAUAUUCCCAGAGAGAGAGGGGUCAGUCCCAACCUCCUCUCUUUAUGAUUGGCUGGAUAUUGUGUUGUGUUCAUUGAAAAAAAUAUUCCGUAUUAAUUAAAAUCCGAAGGAGAUAUUUUGACGGCCGUGUCGUAUUCUAGCAUCAGUUUCUGGGCAUUGUGGGUUAAUCCCACCCUGUUUAAGUUAAACGCAGUCCCACUACAGGGACAGCUUUCUGCUCUAUAUGUCAGUAUAGUAAUAAAGUAAAUACACAUUAAAACUCUGCGACGGUACGUUCAGACUGUUGGAAGUGAAGCACAAACAGUGACGGAGCGCCACCUUGGAUCAGUGUUGUCGUUAACUGAGUCGGCUGGAAAGUGUUCACGUAAAGGCGGUUUCAGGAAGUCCUGCUCUGUUCUGGUUUUAGUCGGCCGUGUUGGAUAUGUAACAUGGUGUUUUCUCUGUUUUUGUUUUUAUUCCUUUUCAGGGGAGUUUGGGUCGGGGUUGAAACUUGAAGCCAAAUUAUAAAAAUAAAAAAUCUGAUUUAUUUUCUUUUUUUUUGUUUUUGUUUUUCGGGGCACAGAAUAACGGGGUCAAAGUGCCUCUGAUGUAACUAACACCACAGUUUGUGUAUGUGUGCGGACCACCACACACACAACCACACACACACACACACUCUUUCUCUGAUAAACACACACAAUCUCACACACACUUGGUUUAUUUGACUGUCAGAGGUCUGUCGGUGUUGAUGUACGGAGAGAAGCUGUACAAAUCCAAAUAGUUCGGUUAGCUCAAAAAAUAACGAGGACAACUCGGCUGACUCGCCUCGGUGUAAUUAACCCUAAGCCCCGCCCCUUUUUGGUAGCUACUAAUCUGUCAUUAGCUGGCUAGUUAGCUGGUGUUUUGCUAACAUUAGCUAACUGUAUACUUUUAUAUGUCACUUUUAUCUUUUAACCAUCUUCAAAAUGCAGUUGUCUUUUCAACCUUAGCCUAGAACAGCUUAUCUAAGUACAGGAAGGACAAAGUUUACUGAUGGUCCAAAAGGGGGCGGGGCUUAUGAAGGGUCGACUAUGACUGAGAUGUUUUGUGAAAGCUCUGAUAUGUUCGACUUGGUGUUCAAUAAUUAUCAAAAAGUCAACAUAUAGAGACCAAAGUCUGACGUGCACGCGCUCUCAGACUUCCACCAUCUAUCUGAUGGUGAUUUUAAUUUAACCUUUCCUGUGGCGCCAUCUACAGGACAAACGUUACGUUCAGGAUUGUUGGAAAAACUAAUUUAUUUCCAGUUUUCAGCCAUUAAAAAAAAGUUUAUUCCAGUUGAGUAACGAACCCGCUAACACGGCUACAGAGCUGAGGAUUUGCUAAAAAUGUGUGUUGGCGAUUCAGCUUCUCUCCAAACAAACUUUCAAACACUUUAAGGCCUCUGAUGAAAUGUUUUUUUUUAGCAGACAUUAAAUUAUUUCAAUGUGUGUGUGUGUUGGUGAAACAGGGGAGUGUGGGUCGGUUCACACUCUGGACUCUUGAGCAGCGUUUGUCAUCGUUCGUGUACUCCGUCUUGUCUCCGUGUUUAAAGAAAAUAAAUAAAUACGAACAAAUAUUCCUGAUGUUUAAAGAGAAAAACACUACAGUACAGAGAGAGAAUUGUAAAAUAAAACGUUAUUGAAUGAUGUGUUACUAGACUUAUUUUGUUAAAAUUGUUUAGAGAUAUGAGAGGGAGCUAUGUAGAGGAUACAGUAUGAUGAUGAUGAUGAUGUUGUAUUGAAUAUGCAGAGCAAUGUUUGGAUUAAAGUUGUAGCAAGCUGACCCACCAA